UUUUUUGUCUGAGAGUCUCAGGAACGGAGGAGGGGCGCCAGGGCCCCAUGUGUGGGAGGAUUGCUUCAGUUCCACAAACUUGCACGGAUUUUGGUUACUACUUUGGCCAGCGAUUCUGCUCAGAUUUCCUCCGAAUUAUUGCAAAUUCACCGUACCGUGGCUGCUUAGAAACUUGGAUCCGGCAUUUCUUUUCAACCGGGAGCCAUCGGUGUCCAAGUGUCUGCAAUGAACCCGGUGAAUGCUACUGCUCUCUACAUUUCCGCGAGCCGCCUAGUGCUCAACUACGACCCCGGAGACCCCAAGGCGUUUACAGAGAUUAACAGGCUCCUGCCUUACUUCCGACAGUCCCUCUCGUGCUGUGUUUGCGGACAUUUGCUACAAGAUCCUAUUGCACCCACCAACUCCACCUGCCAACACUAUGUCUGCAAAAGUUGUAAAGGCAAGAAAAUGAUGAUGAAACCUUCAUGUAGCUGGUGCAAAGACUAUGAGCAGUUUGAGGAAAACAAGCAAUUAAGCAUCCUAGUGAACUGCUACAAAAAACUAUGCGAAUAUAUAACACAGACUACAUUGGCACGUGAUAUAAUAGAAGCAGUUGACUGCUCUUCUGAUAUUUUGGCUCUGCUUAAUGAUGGAUCAUUGUUUUGUGAGGAGACGGAAAAACCCUCAGAUUCAUCCUUUACUUUGUGUUUAACACAUUCCCCUUUACCUUCGACCUCAGAACCUACGACUGAUCCUCAAGCUAGUUUAUCUCCAUUAUCUGAAAGCACCCUCAGCAUUGCUAUCGGAAGUUCUGUUAUAAAUGGUUUGCCUACUUAUAAUGGGCUUUCAAUAGAUAGAUUUGGUAUAAAUAUUCCUUCACCUGAACAUUCAAAUACGAUUGAUGUAUGUAAUACUGUUGACAUAAAAACUGAGGAUCUAUCUGACAGCCUCCCACCUGUCUGUGACACGGUAACCAGUGACUUAUGCUCCACAGGCAUUGAUAUCUGCAGUUUCAGUGAAGAUAUAAAACCUGGGGACUCUCUGUUACUGAGUGUUGAAGAAGUACUCCGCAGCUUAGAAACUGUUUCAAAUACAGAAGUUUGUUGCCCUAAUUUGCAGCCCAAUUUGGAAGCCAGUGUUUCCAAUGGACCUUUUCUGCAGCUUUCUUCCCAGUCACUUAGCCAUAAUGUUUUCAUGUCUACCAGUCCCGCACUUCAUGGGUUAUCAUGUACAGCAGCAACUCCGAAGGUAGCUAAAUUGAAUAGAAAAAGAUCCAGAUCAGAAAGUGACAGUGAGAAAGUUCAGCCACUUCCAAUUUCUACCAUUAUCCGAGGCCCAACAUUGGGGGCAUCUGCUCCUGUGACAGUGAAACGUGAAAGCAAAAUCUCUCUUCAGCCUAUAGCAACUGUUCCCAAUGGAGGCACAACACCCAAAAUCAGUAAAACUGUACUUUUAUCUACUAAAAGCAUGAAAAAGAGUCAUGAACAUGGAUCCAAGAAAUCUCACUCUAAAACCAAGCCAGGUAUUCUAAAAAAAGACAAAACUGUAAAGGAAAAAAUUCCUAGUCAUCAUUUUAUGCCAGGAAGUCCUACCAAGACUGUGUAUAAAAAACCCCAGGAAAAGAAAGGGUGUAAAUGUGGGCGUGCUACUCAAAAUCCAAGUGUUCUUACAUGCCGAGGCCAACGCUGCCCUUGUUACUCUAACCGCAAAGCCUGCUUAGAUUGUAUAUGUCGUGGCUGCCAAAACUCCUAUAUGGCCAAUGGGGAGAAGAAGCUGGAGGCAUUUGCUGUGCCAGAAAAGGCCUUGGAGCAGACCAGGCUCACUUUGGGCAUUAACGUGACUAGUAUUGCUGUGCGCAAUGCUAGUACAAGCACCAGUGUAAUUAAUGUCACAGGGUCCCCAGUAACGACAUUUUUAGCUGCCAGUACACAUGAUGAUAAAAGUUUGGAUGAAGCUAUAGACAUGAGAUUCGACUGUUAAAUCAGUGGGUCUUUAGACCUACCUCUGGUAGGGAAAUAGCUAUAGUUUUACGGCAGCUAUGGUUCUGUUGGUUUAACUUGCCGGAGCUCCUGCAUAUAGAUCACUUGUAUCAAGUGUUUUUCAUUGCUAAGUUAUAUGUGUUAGUGUCGGGGAAAUAGUUUGCAGAUAAUGGAGGAAUAACCCUACAACUAUAUGUCCUUAGUUCUUACAGAACCUCAUAGUUUGAGAACAAAUGCUGAUGCAACUGAUUUAUACAAAAUGAACUUUGGCAAGGAAAAUAACAUUAACCUCAUUGUUUAUGGUCAUGCUUUGUGCAUAAUCAAAGUUUAUGAUUAAAUGUAAGGAAGUGGUAUCUAGUCAGUCCAUAAAGAUUGUGCUAAUUUUUUU